AUGGGCCGUGGGCAGAAGCGAAAGGCAGACUGCGACCUCCCCGAUGCAAGUCCUGAUCCGGAGGUAGUUGCCAAGCUGAGGGAGCUUCCAAGGCAGGCGCUCCUGGCGUUUCGCCGGGAUUUGGCGCUGGAGCCCUUCGACUCCGCUCUCCGAUGUCUGGAUGGCACUUCGGGCUGCGACAUGACCGAGCUGCUGCUCGAAGUUCCUCAGGAGCGUGUGGCCAAGUCUCUUACUGCGGCUUUGGGUGGCAGCACGUGGUGCUGGAGUUUCAGCUCCACGGUUGCUGCUGUGGACGGGGCCAGAAAAGCGCUGGGCACCAUGCUCGAAGAAGGCCAACAGAAGCUCUUGUCCUCGCUGCGCGGCGGCAGCUCCUUCAGUGCCGCAGUCAAGAUGCACAGCAGCAAGAGAGAUGGGCAGCCGCUGCUGCGCCUUGGCAAGACGCGUGUGAUGUGGUUGCUUGGCGCGAAUCCAGAGGAAGGUGACGACGGAGCCCCAGCCCAAAGCACUGUGCAGCGCAAGAAGAAGAGGCGAAGAGGCAGACCGGCCAAGGCAGCCAAAGGUGCAGACGCCGCGGCCUCCGAGGGUCAGGAGCCAGACUCGAGUCUCAGCGAGAGCGAGAGCGGAUCUGAAGACAAGAACGAGGCGAACUCUAAGAAAGGAGGUGCCACGCUGGCAUUCCUCGAGACCUUACGAGCAAAGCGUGGCAAAUGUGCGGCAUGGUGCAGUAUGAGAGCGUGCCGCAUGGUGCGAGCUGUGGAGGCCUUGCUCCUGGCACACCUGCUGGGGUGCCAUGCCCUGCGGUCCGUCCAUGAGGCAAGCCGGGCGGAGCAGGAGGAAGCGGAAGCUGACCUCGUCGGAAACCUCAACGUGAGCGACUUCCCUCCGCUCUGUGCUGAAGAGAUCGUCACCAGAACCUGUGUGUACAUCAACGGGGAUGACAGAGGCGUGAAGAUUGGACAAGGGCAGCUUGCCACGGUUCUGUCCAAGACGGAUGAGCAGAUCCGGACUUUAUGGAAUCUCAUUGAGCUUCCGGACGAGCUGGCCACCUGCGUGGAUGUCUGCAAUGCCAUAGCCGAGUACAUCAAGGACUGGCACAUUCUUCCGCCGCGGAGUGAUAUUGCCUGCUACACCAUCGGAAGAAGGUGGUUCUGCGAUGCAGACGUGAGACCAGAGCAACUGAAAAUAUCUGGCCUUGCUGAGGAUGAAGACCUGCCAGACCUUCAUGACGAGGAGUCCCAGCCCAUCGCCGGCGUGUCCUCCUACAAGCCCGGCGGGGCUUCGGUCGCAACAUCCUGGCAGCUGGUCGAGCGUGUUGCCAACCUCUUCCGCAUCUUCCCAGCGGAAGCGCCUCCUAAAGACCAAGCCUUUGCUCCUAUUGAGCCGGAUAUGUCAGACUGGACAAGCACAGUGCGUGCCAUGAAGAGGUCGGGACAGAUUGCGGAAGCAUUUCUGGGUCUCGCAAUCCGGGAAUUUGAGCAUGGGGCCACAGGAACCGAAAUGCAGACAUGGUUUGGUGCUGGUGAUGAGACAGUGAAGAGGAAUGUUCGGAUGACUAUGAAUUCGGCGGCUGACAUUCUUUCCAAAUCGCACUUCGUCUACCCCGGCCCUUCGUGCACUGACAAGCAACUUGCUUACGUCCUUCCAGACGGACAUGACUGCAAUAGUCUCCAGCUGCAUGAAUCGAGCAUUCCCUGUGCUACCUAUUUCCAGAAGUUUGUGCUCUACGUAUGCCCUUUGUUCUUGGCAAAGCCUUCGGAGCAAGUGCUCACAUUGAUACAUGAGGCUUCGCAUCAUGCAGUCGCAUUCACAGAGGAUGUUUGUGCAGAUCCGGCCAAACCCCCGGAAGAAAUGGACUGCUCUCCGAAGGGCUACGGGAAAGAGAGCUGCAGAUCGCUUGCCGAGCACAUGCCGGCCAGAGCGUUGAUAAACGCUGAUAGCUACUGCUAUUUUGUGCAGGAUGUUGUCAGCCAGAGCGCCUCCUCCGAAUGGGUGCCGGCGUGGUCUCGUCCUUCAGCAUUCGCACCCUUCACAUGUCCAGCCCUCUCGGUGCCCCGUGGUUCCCUUUGCCGUUGCAAGACUGGCAAUCACUGCUUCCAGGGUGGCGCAGAAGGGUGCCAGCUCGCGUCCAGCACCAGCUUGGUGUAUUCCCCGCCAACGUGCCGAGACUGCCGUUGUGCACGUUGUCCACUCAAUGCUCGGCUGCUUCCUGGUGGGGUCUGCGAAUGUGAUGAGCAAUUCCAUUGCUCGAGCACAUCUGGUGACGGAUGUGCUGCAGAUUCGCGCAAGUUCUCAGUUCUUGGCUGUGAGAGCUGCUUCUGCGAGCGGACUCCGCAAAAAUCGACGUCGCACUACAAGGAGCACCGUCGUUGCACUGAGCCAUGUGGCUCCGUGGUUGCAGGCCGACGGCUGGACGAAGACCGGUGCGCACGGUGCGACGGCGCGGAGUUUUGCGACAUCUUCGAGUGCACGUUGGACGUGUGCAAAGGUCACCAGUGUGGAAACUUCGCGUAUUGCCAGCCCUGGGCCGGAAAACCGCAAUGCAGAUGUUUCUCACGGUAUCAGCAGACGCCCGACGGCUGCCGCCCUAUGAUAGACGACGACUACAGAUGCUGCUCCACGCACUACACGCAGCCGCUGAUCCGGGCUGUUUGGGUUCCUCGCGAAUGGCAGGACACGAUAUGGUGGGUUAAGCAUAUUUGCCCUACUGUAGAAGGCUUCAAAUGGCGGAAAGCACCAACGAGUGAGUGCAAGGGCACGAUCUACAAGCAUCCCGACAACCAUUUCCUCGGUCUUGAGGGCGUGGGGGCAGACGCGCAUGCGAAUGCGCUCGCAAAGCCACCGUUGCAAAAGGGGAACGCGCUCCCAACUUGCUGGGCUCUUGUUAGAUUCUACCUGGAGCGCUGCCAUGCUGCGAUGAAGGCGGUGAGGCGCCCCACGCCAGCCUCCCUGCAGACGCACGCCGAACCUGUGAACGAGGUUUCAGAAGCAGCUGAGAGCAUUCGACAAGCACAAGCUUUGCUGAUCUGCGCCGGGGCCGGUGCUCCAGACCUCCCGGAAGGUAACGAUGCAGGGGUCUUUCAGCGACCGCCGCUCAGCACGGUGGCCGGCAGCUUGGAGUAUGGCAUCCCGGCGCCAGGAGUUUGCAGCCCGCUGCGCGAGCUCUGGCGAGAGCACAUGCAGGCUGACAGCGCAAGCUUGUUUGACAGUGAUCCGGCUCUUGCUUGGGCAUUUUGGGGCUUUUGGAGCCGGCGACACUUGGAGAUGCAGCCGGACGAGGGCUGUCGCUCCCUUUCAAGCCGGGGCCGGUCUAUGAAGCAAGGAUUCUUCUGUAUCACAUCGACCAUCGAUGGGCAUUGGGCACGGGUGGUGGGAGACGAAAGAGUUUGGGAGCUGCGCGGCUCUGUCUCAUUCCUGCAGCGCGUGGACGGUACGAGCAAGAUCUGGCGGGUGGGCGAGGGAGACGGGGCGGCCCAGCAGCUGCUCUCUGGAGCUCGCCAGAGCUUUGCAGCUGCCGCCUCCUCCUUGGCCUCUCUGGUGGGCGCCGGACCUGAGCCUAAGUCCGACUUGGAAGGCAAAGAGCUCCCUGCCACGCUCCCUUUGGAGCUGCCCCCGCACUUCGACCUGCGGCCCGGGGAGGCUGUGGAGGUCCGAGUGCUGGAGGCUGUUGAGAACAGCAGCACCUACGAGUGGACCCCGUGGAAGCGGGCCGUGGCCGCCGGCUCCUUCGGCAUCGUCAGCCCCUCGGGAGCGCCCUUGGCUGCUCAUGCGGUUCGAAGGCCAAAGGGGCAGGACCUGCUCCGCGUGGCUGGUGAGCUGCCGAGGGACCCGGCAGAUUCUUCAUGUUUGGCUCGCCCCAAUGUCGACAUGCACGGCGACUCCAAAUUCGUAAGCUGGCGCUGCGACAGGCAGGAGCAAGCCUAUUUCCAAUGGAGGUCGUCGCUGCCAAGGAGCUGCCGAUUGGUCGUUGUGGAGGUGGGGAACUGGAAGAGCCCGGCCAAGCUGUUGGAUCCGGCCGACUUCCCUGGGGCCACGCUGGUGCGCCUUGGAGUGGCUGGGCGAGUGCCUGAACCGUGGAAAGGCCGCUGCUGGAGAGUAGCCGGAGACUGGAGCUCGGCUCUGCGUCAGCUUUCGGAUUCCCUUGGGCCCUCAGAGCUGCGGUCAGCCGCCAGCGUUGAGAACACGCCGAGAUCAUCUGCAAGUGUGCAGGGAAUGGCUGAAGCUCAAACUGCAGAGGCCAGUGCCCUGGCUGCUGUGGUCUCUGUCACAGGUUCCGACAAGGAGGAGGAGAGGGGGCCUGCUCCUACAGACCCGAAGCGCAAGAAGUCCAAGGCAGGCAAGGAUGGAGGGCUGAACUGGGACGAUAUCCCGGAGUACGACAUCGAUGAAGAAGAUGCUUUGGACAAAGUCAUGAACUUUGCAGCUGGUGUGUAUACGCGUGCAGCUGGGGCUGUUGAGGCCAUGCAGCCGGAUUCGCAGUCAGACGAAGGCAAAGAAAGUGACCACAGCGAAGUAGGCGGUGACGGCGACCACAGCGAAGAAGGCGGCGAAGCCGACUCGCAGAGUUCCGCAGCUCCAAGCGUUCCAAGUAAGAGACAAAGCCGGCAGAGCGGUGGAGCCGAGUGA